AUGCACCAUCAUCGAUGCUCUCAUUUUGAACUCGUCGGCUUGGUUUCAAACACUGUUCGAACACGUCACACGAGUGUUACUGACGGAAAAUACGCAUACGCAUCCUUCGUCAUGUCGCUCUCCACGUUCCUUCGUUCGGGUACAUCGCCUGUCAGGACGUCCCAGGACCCCAAUGCUGAGUUGUACGGAGUUGACCUGCGUCAUGCUGAAUCGAGUCAACAAACCAUCAUGAGAGGCAAUGUGCGUCCAUCUACCGUACUGAACCCAGGCUGUCCGUGUGUUACUUCAUUAGUUCGAGCCCCCGUGCAGAUCCACUUUAUUGUGCUUUCCGACUCCGGCUGCAGCGCCGAUGCGGAUCAUGACGGCCGGUGCCACAGCUCAUGUCAUCUGUUGGAAUCCAAGGGUCUUGGCAGAUCCGAGCAAGGCUGGGCUGAGCUCAGCGCCAUGCCCGGAGCUUGA